CUCACCUUAUCUACCGUGGGGACAAUGUCACACCAAAGCCCAGCAACGCAAUCACGGGAUCACACGGGCACUCACCCCACUGCACGGAGCAGGGAGAGGCGGCAGCUGGGCCUGGGGAAAGCUUCUUCCAGGAGGGAAGGUUACAUAAGGUUACGCUUAAUCACAGGACGCAAAGCAGCAACUCAUUACCAAGUUUCUCCGUAAGUUCUGUCCUUCAGCUUCUUCUCAAGCAUUCAGUGGCUGCUGUGGCUUCCUGCCUUAGGGACCAGGAGAGCAUGCUCCAAUGGAGAGGUUCCAGAAGUUUGUUUUACUUCCUUUCAUCUUAGCUGCCUCGCUCCCAGGUCUUAGCUUUUGUUAUUCUAUUCUGGAUGGCCCUACUAAUGCUACAGUCCUUGCUGGUUCAGAAGCCCGGUUUAAUUGCACAGUGGCAAGUGGAUGGGCAAUUCUCAUUUGGUUGUUGAAUGCAAAUCCUGUCCUCACUGUCAUAAAUUCUCACGGACCUAUUGAAACAUCAGAUCGCUUCACCUCUCGUAGCUAUAACAACAGUCAAAGUUUCACCUCAGAGCUGAUCGUCCACAACACCCAGCUAAAUGACUCUGGAAAAAUUGAGUGCAGCAUCCAGAAGCCUGGUGAUAGCAGCUUUGCCUUUCUUUCUGUGCAAGUUAAUGGAUCUUUACUCAUGAAAAACAGCACCUUAAUAGUUAAAGAGAACACAACAGUUGAAGUUGUUUGUGAAGCCAUAGGAUGGGCUCCAGCUCCAGAAAUUACCUGGAUGACAAAUGACUCUCUCGUUGAUAAGUCGAGGUAUGUUACCCACCAAAGUCAAGGAUCUAACAGCCUCCACAACGCCCUGAGCGUCCUGACUUUGACUCCAGUGAAUACUGAGAUUUUGACAUGUUUAGCUGAUAUAGAAGCACUCCCAAGCCCUCAGAAUGCAACCAUAGCUGUUAUUGUUGGCAACUCUACUCUAGACGGCAAUUACAGUGAAGACAGCACAAGCACGUGGGUUAUUGCACUAGCAGUUGUGUUUUCAAUUGUUGGUUUUAUUCUUCUGAUAAUUCUUAUUUGGGUUGUCGUGCGCUGUUGCUGCCUAAAGAAAGGAUCCACAUAUGAAAAUGAAGUGAGGAAAAUUUCAAUUAAGAAGAAAACAGAUGACCAUUUGGGAAACAGACAAAGGAGCGGUAGUGAAAAUCAGGGAUACAUUCCAGAGGAACCACGUUACACAAGACAAAUCCCAACAGUUGUUUCUCUUCCUCCAAUGUCUACAAAGUUCACUGUCCCUCGUCCAGAUUUAAGUACCAGCUCUGCACCAAAGGUGCCAGACCUGAGGAAGUGUGGAUAUGAGAUGGAGGCACAGAUGAAUGUGAGGCUUGAUGUUCCUUUGUAAACAAAAUCCAGUGCAGAUUUUUCACUGAGAGGGCAGUGAGGCACUGGAACCGACUGCCCAGAGAAGUUGUGGAUGCCCAUUCCUUAGAGAGGUUCAAGGAUGGGCCCUGAGCAGCCUGAUUUAGUGGCUGGCAAUCCUCCCUGUCUGUGGCAGGGAUGUUGGAACUAGAUGAUCUUUGAGGUCCCUUCGAACCCAAACAAUUCUGUGAUAACACUGGUGCUUUUUCUCUAGAUAAUUUCAUGGUUGAUUUUCCAAUUGCAUUUCCAUACUGCAGAAGUUUCUUCAGUCAAGAGCUUUGCAACCAUUUUAGAUGCCUUUGGUAUCUCAGCAGUGAAUGCUGGAAGGGGAAGCAAAGAACUAACAUUUGGUCCACUCUCAUGUGUAGUCCCCUUUCCACAUUGCUAAAAGCAUAAAUAAAAGAGAGUUUAGUGUUUCCUUCACUUCAGUUCUCAGCUGCCACUAUUGUGAAGCAUAGUGUUGGGCUCUCAGCAACACGAAUCACAAUUUGUGCUCUAGAUUUGUAAAAGAUUUUACAUCUUUGUGAUAUUUUUUUGCCAGUGUUCUCUUGUGAAUGUAGCAGUGAUGUGAUACCAAGUUCACGAUUCAACACAGUGAUAACUUAUUUAUUUUUGAAGAUAUGUUUCAACAUGUGCAAUGCAGAAAUCUGUCUUGAGAUGACACUGUAUAUAAAUCAUAGCAGAAUAUGUUUAGUUCUUGCAACACACAAUGAAAUUUAGGAAGUACUCAAGCCAUGAUUAAAACAAUGAUCAAAAUAAUAACGGUAAAAAUAGGAAUGAUAAUGAUGUGUCUGUGGCUGGUAGCUAUCAUGUUUGACAUUAAUUACUUGUUAAACAAAAUACUAUUAAUGCAAAGCUGAAAAGCACGUACAAAACAGCUGAGAAUUGAAACACAAAACUGAAAUACAAACAUAGAUACAGGCCUCCAUGUCAGAUGCUAGAUUAGAUAGUCUUGGAGAUCCUUUGCAGCUCAGUGGUUAGGAAAACAUCAAAAUCCAUCAGAGGGACUUAGCAUACAGUUUUUGUUUAACCACUUGUACCUGGACAGUACAUGGUAUAAGUCUGCUAAGGUGGCUUCUACUUGCAUCAGUAAUUGCAUGUAUACUUUGAAAAAUAUCGAGAGAAUCUACAGAUGAAAAUUAUAUUAUGAAAAUAUAUUUUUUAAUAUGUUGGAGGAAUGUUUAGCAGUCUGAAACUGGCUUGUGAAGACAAAUUGCUUCUCAGCUUGAACAGAGCUUCUCAGUAUAUAGUGGUGGCACCAUCUUGUGUAUACAGGAGUUGAUAAAGCAAAUAUCGCUUGAUGAAAGUUUACCUUAAAUUGUGGAUUUGCAGUCCAUGAUUUAGGUUUAUGUGACUAUAUACAAACAUAGUGAAACAUUUCCUAGACAAAAUAAAGUUUUCUUUUUUUCUUCUUUUACAUACAUAACCUUCCCUGUUAACUGCAAAGUAGACAUUUUCUGACAGAGUUGAGUUACUGGAUGCAUUAACAAAGUUCAAUCACCACUGUAGCCAAUGUGUUGCAUAAUAAAUGCUGUGGUGCUCUUUCCUUAUAAUACAAUCCUUGUCAAGUGGAAGAAACCAGAUGGCAAGCCAUUUAACUGCUGAUUAGCUGCGUUUUUCAGUUCCCUAUAUGGAUUCUGGAACAUUCCCAAAGGUUUUUCUUCUUUUCAUCUUUAUGUUUUUCUUUAUUUUUGAAUGAGAAAUAGAGCCAGGGAGCAAUAGAAGGAAAAGUAGUUAUCCAGAAAAUUUUUUCCACAGUCAAGGAGAUCAUAAAGAGAUGGACUCUGCAAGUCGCCUCACUCUCUAGGUAAUAGGAAAAAGGAGCAAACAUGUAUGUGGUGGUAAAGAAACCAGGUUCUUUUCCAGAGCAAGGUGGGGAGAAAACACAGGAACCAGCUGUUGAUGAAAGGAGUCGUGGAGACUGAGAACCUAAGGCCUCAUCUCUCCCUCUUUAUGAAAUAAAAAAAAAUUUAAGAUUUUUGUGGCUGUCUUCCUUGACACCUUAUGUGAUCAAGAUUAACCCCAGUAAUAAGGUCAGAAAAUAAGACCAAACGGGAAAAUUAUGAAUGGAGAGUUUUAAAAUUAGAAAGAAGCUCAUGGAUGUGUUGACAAAAUAGAAAGCAGAGCAAUCAUAGUGAAUGAAGGUUAUUCAACCUAGUAUUUUGAAUGGGCAAAGGUGAACAUACCUGCUGCAUGGCGCAUUUCCCUCACUGCCAGGAGAAAACAAGAUGGAAACUUUGAUUAUAUAAGCUUCACCUAAUGCCUCCGUGGGCUGGAGGCAUUAGGAAGUCUUCCUGGGUCUCUGAGGGCAUCAGCUUCGAAUUUGGUACCUUCUGUUCCAUAUGUAAAAAGGUACUAUUUUAAAUGAUUGAGAUAUUAAGGGAGCACUUCUAUCAGAAAUGCCUCAGAAGUCCUUGCCCAUUGGCCCAACCUCGUACAGAGCUUGAAAUAUGCUGGGUGUCACAGUAAAAGGUGGCAAGAAAAAUUCACUUAGAUCAGCUAUUCUCUGUUCAAACUCACUGAAUCAGAUACUAAAGCAAAAUGUUCAUGGAAGAUAAAUGUUGUCCAGUAAUUGCACUGAUAAAUUUGCAACAUGAACAAAAGUUCUGGCAAGUCACCCUACGGAAAAAUAAUAGCGAAGAAGAAGGGAAGGAAAAAAAGAUGUGCAAGACAUUUAAAAAAUGAUGAAUAUUGAACUAAAUUAUUGAGCUGAAGAAAAAAUUACCAGCUACUGGAAGAGAAGGCCAGGAGUAUAAGUCAAGAGGUGCUGGAAGGUCUCCAUUCUGAUUACAUUAGCCAGGAAAAGGUCAAAUGGAGAGUAGAGUUACAGGCUUCUGUUUAAUUGCCUAUUUUGUCACCGUCAGCAAUGGCAGGAGAGCAAUCCUUGCUCCUAGUCCCAAGAGGGCUGAUCUGCAGACCAAGUGCCCAGAGAGCUGUUUCACGUGCCCCGACUCAUUAUGCAGAGCUCCUUCUGAAACCCAGGUUCAGUGAGGGAGAUCCCUUAACCUGGCUCUAGCAUAUUUUGCAGUGAUACCAUGGACACUUGUGCUUUAGCAAGGGCAUAGGGCCAUUUCUGAGGAACUACAUUUUUGCGAAUCCUACUGCUAGAAAAAGAAAUCUAAGGACCAUCUUGCAGGACCAGAGAACCUCCUAUACAAGCUUCAUAAUUAGUCCAUUUAAUAUGGCAUAAAUGUCUCUAUGAUAAAUCAGAAGACCAUCUUGUAAAAAGGAGCGCUCAUUUAUAGUGAGACAGAUUCAUCCCUGGUAUAAUUCAGCUAACUUCAGCAGAGCCAUGCAAGGCUUGGAUUUACCACCACAGCCACACUCUUCCUCUCCAGUCCAGAGUGAGUCACCACUGUUAAUGGAGACAGAUCUAUUUUUCUCCGUAGCUACUCCAAAUGAUACUUUAUAAACUGGAAAUAUUAUUUGGUUGUGGUUGUGGUUUUAUACCAGAGAGGAAAUGAGUGAUGGAUUGUAGCUACAUUUAUUGCUCUGUAUAUAACCACUCUGACUCUGUGGAUUGUUUCAGAAGAAAAAUUAAACUAUCAAAAUCAAAUUAAAAGGCCAAUAAAGUAGAAAUAUAAAUGAAUGACAGCAAAUAAUUUUUCCCUUACUGAUGAAACAUACUAUAGAGUAUGCCAUGUUAUAAUAUUCAUUGGGCAGCAUGUCUUGAUUAAGAGACUGAUAAAUAUUGAUGAUACAGAUGCAGAAAGGCAGGUGCAGCUUAUAGAUUAAAGUAUAUUUUUUCCAAGUGUCUGUGAAAGAAGGAAAGGAGUGAAGUUACGUGGGUGGGAUUAAUACAAAAAGAAAUAAGAAGGAAUUGCCAGUUUGUGUGUCUGUUGAUGGACAGGGAACUGUGCUGAGUGUACUAAAAGUUGACAAGAUGGAACUGCUUUGCUAUUUGAAGCAAUGCUUUAUCUGAAAUGUUGUGAGGGUAUCCAUAGUUUUUGGGUGGGUGUUUUCCUGUAAAUGAAGUGAGUUUGGAAAGAGAAUUAAAAACUGAGGGAAGGGGGAGAAAUAACCUCGAGAAACAGAGAACUAUGCCUCCAUGGUUUUUUGUUCUAGCAGCAGAACGUGUGAUGCAUGCAGAUACAUUUGGAAGUACUCCUACUACACUAAUUUCAGCAAUUUGUUCUAAUGCAGUUUGACUUGGAUUUUUUUGGCUAGCUAAUAGCAGGCAAAGCCUUCAGCUUGUCACGCAGUUCUACAGUGUCAGUAUCGGAGGAGCUGCCUUCUGUCAAAUCAAUUUAGAGAUCGGAGCCUCUGUUUCAUAAUGCCAGAUGUGAGUUCAUCAUUCAUAUCACUGAUGUCAUAUGGGCUGCAGAACUGACUACAACAUGCUUGCAAUAGCAGAAGUCCUUCUUUCAUUAACUGAGCAUUGUUAUCCAAAACACCACUCAAAGAUUCAAUCCUGAAAUCAGCUGGUACACACACUCAUGUUGCCUUCUGAUUCAUCUGCCUAUUGCUGGCUCUUUUUGUUUGGUUGAGGAGCUGAAAGAGGUGAAAAGAUCUGGGAAUCUGUUUCCUCAGUCAAACCAACAAGCUAUGCAACCCUUUUCCCAGUAUAAUACUGCCUUUACAGUAAUCCCUGUAAAAAUGUAUCCAAGGCAGAUAGGCAGUCAGCAUACAGGUUUUGAAAUGUGUGACUGUCAAAUGUCCAUCAUUAGCUAGACACCCAGCUGAGAGUAUAGUCUCCAAACUAUAUAAAGGAAAUGCUGAUGAUGUUCUGUUCUGACUGAGAAUCAGUGUUAGAAACUUGCUCCUGUAACAUGGGGCUGUGCAGCAUACCACUAAAACGAUGUUUUUUUCUUGAACAAGUAGGAUGUAAUUAAUAAUAAAGCUUUUUUUUUUUUUUUUUUGGAUUAGUGCUGAUGGGACUAGUAGAGCACUGGAUUAGUCUGAAGAAGAAACAACUUUGAAAUCAAAAUCAAGUAGAUGCUCUAGCAACUGUAGCAUAUCAGAGUUUAAAUAUGAAAUGGCUAUUGUGAUACUAGUCUCUGCAUUUUGUAUUUGUAAUGUGUUGCAUUUGAGACCUUCUGCAUCAUCAGAAAAUGAAGUUCAGGUCAGUGAACCAGCAGCCUCAGUGUCACUGAAGUUAUAUACAGCUUACUGCAACCUCCAUGAGGCAAUGCUGCUUCAGAGAAGGCUUCAUAGAAAAUGGGCCAGUACACAGCAUGAAUUUAUUGAAAUUCAGAAAAUUAUUCUUAAUUGAUAUCAGAGCAUAGUGAGAAUAAAAUGUAGGAUACUCAGGGAAUUUGCUGUAAAGCAAAAAGCUAUGAAAGAUGCAGAAGGGCAGAGGGGGACCUGGUCAAUCAUGGCCACAGUACCCACUCCAGAAGUAAACUUAGUCCUUGGUUUCUACUUUGCUAGAGAGGAGAAAUAGCAUUAUGAGGCAGGGGUUGUGUGACACAUUCUUGCAGGUAAAAUUUUUAGGGCAAAAGAGGCAUGCAGGGGCUACAUUUUCCCCAGUGGUGUUAGGGAAGAAUAGUGCAGUUUAGAUCCAGCUGGCGUGAGUCCUCUGGCUCCUUCCUGUUCAAAAGCAGAUGCAAACCAAGAUCUUCCAUAGUAUGGCCAUGAAUAUUGCUUCUUUUGGUAGCAUUACCUAGUGAGCUUUCUGAUUAAUCAUAGAAACAUAACAGUUAGAAAAAACACUAAGAUCAUCUAGUCCAACCAUCAGCCCAUUACCACCAUGUUUUAUUUUAUUUUUACUAAAUAAGUGUUCAGCCACAAAUGGAGCAAAUUUCAUCACAUAUUAAUCUCCUGGGCAGCACAGUCCAGAAGAAACUUCUUAUGUGCUCUGGAAAUGAAUGAACAAUGUCUGUGUUGAACUCCACCAAGGUCUUUGGGCUAUUGCAGAUCUGCAAGAAAUUAAUAGCGG